GUCUCCCAUAGUUCACAGCGCGCUUCAGCUGGUCAGCCAUUUUCUGCACUUACGUUAAGAGCGGAAGUCUUCGAGGAAGAAUAUCUUCAUUUUCACGCUUUUGCCAAUCAUUUAAUACUUAAAAAAUGAGUGAUGUCGAGGAGCCACGAUUCGAGGGGAGGGUUAUUGGUCGUGAAGGAUUUGAAGAGUUAAGGCCAAGAAUGUGGAAGAAUAUUCAAGAUAAAAGAAGGCUUUUACAGAGAAAAUGUUUACAGAGCAGACGGUUAAGUGGGAAGGGGAGAAAAGAACGGAAGAUCGGUCAGAUAGAAGCACGCUCGCGUUAUGUGUCUAAAGCAGAAACGAGGUUUCAUAUUGGGGUGAAGAAAGGAAAAGGAGAGGAAAAAUGAAAACUGAACAAAUGAAGACCGAAGAAUAAAAUGCCUGAGAGAAAGGAAUAGCAUAUACUGAAAACAGAAGAAUGAAUGAGUCCGAAUCCCGCUCGCCAUCCAAAUCGGAGCGGGGCAGUCCUGCCCAACCCAAGACGCAGAGCAGGUCUGGCUCUCCCAGCCCUUCCCGAGCAGCCAAACGUUCUGAAUCCCGCUCCCGCUCCAAGUCCAGGUCUCGCUCUCGUCGCCAUUCAAAUCGCCGCUACAGCCGCUCUCGGUCUCACUCCCACCGGAAGAAGUCUCGUUCUCGCUCCAACAGCCCUGACAACCGACGCAGACGGAGCCAGAGCACAUCGCCCAUGUCUAACCGCCGCAGACACACUGGCAGUCGGAGCUCAUACAGCCAAGACUCCAAAAAAGACUCGCACAGUCAUGGUGACGCCAGGGCCAAUCCAGACCCGAACUUGUGUCUGGGUGUGUUUGGUCUCAGUCUGUACACAACAGAGCGAGACCUGAGAGAGGUCUUCUCACGUUACGGCCCUUUGGCCGGUGUCAAUGUUGUCUACGACCAGCGAACGGGACGCUCUCGUGGUUUUGCCUUCGUUUACUUUGAGCACAUCGACGAUGCCAAAGAGGCAAUGGAGCGGGCUAAUGGCAUGGAGCUGGAUGGAAGGCGCAUCAGGGUGGAUUAUUCCAUCACCAAACGUCCACACACCCCCACACCAGGCAUCUACAUGGGUCGGCCCACACAUAAUGGAGGUGGGAGCAGCAGCAGUGGCGGCGGCGGCGGCGGUGGCCGGAGACGAGACUCGUAUUACGAUCGUGGCUACGACAGAUACGACCGUUAUGACGAGUAUGACUACAGAUACAGCAGGAGGCGCUCUCCGUCACCUUAUUACAGCCGGUACAGGUCUCGCUCAAGAUCUCGCUCAUACAGCCCACGACGAUACUAAGAAGAUCCUGAAGACUUCUUUCUUUAUGCCUGUUUGCAUGGAGCUAUACAUUUAUAAAGACAUGUAAACUCACUGUACUAGAGAAAGAUUUGUUUUAUAAAUGUCUUAAUUUGUAGACUUCCCAGUAUGUAUGGUUUGUGGAGAUCAUAAAUACUGUCGUCAUGGGG